UUCCGCACACAUGGUAGUUGGUAGUUAUGGCCACCGCAGGCUUCAGUUUGGAGCUUUGCUUCCGGAUACCAUGGUGUCGCAGAGCAACAGCCGUGGUUGUUGUAACAGUGUGAGGUUUUUGAAUGUGUAUAGUAGCGAGCUUUUGAUUAAGUUUCAGUCAAGCGACAGAGGUCGAGUUUGUCUUUGAAACUACAUUAAAUGGCCUCUUAUACACACGAAGAGUUUGAACUCAGCCAGAAACAUGAAGAUAUACUGAGGAAAAGAGCAUCACUGCUGCAGCAGAUGGAAGCGCAUUAUGAACAGCAGAAGGCUAAGAAGAAACAGCAGUGUCUGAUGUCUCAAGCAGCGAAGGAGAGGAAUGCUCAGAUCCUUGAGGAUUUACAGAAUGCUGAAAAAAAUCUUCAAACCAGACAGCUGCUUCACCCAGAUAUUAUUAACCUUGAGACUCAUUAUUGGGCCUCAGUUGAACGGAAACUGCCAGAAUGGGAGCAGUAUUUGCUUGGGAAAGAGCAAUCGCCGGUGAGUGAGACUGGGAGAUUGCUUAGACAACAGAAACUGAAACCUAGACAGCAAGAUCCCUCCCCUGCACAAUGCAAGGGUAAACCACCUCGACCCAAACCUAGAUGAGCUGUCUGGUGUGUAACUUAUUUAUAUUUUUUUGCCCCAAAUUGUUAUUUUUAUUUAUUUAU